AUGUGCCUAUAUGGCUCUGGCUUGCCAGAACAUUGUGCCUUGCAGAGCUACCGACCUCACCGUUCGUUACAAGUCUGUCCGUCGUCAAUCAUAGAUGCCAGACAGAAAAGAUUGACUUGGGCCCUUGUCACGAACGCAUCUCGCACCAUCGACGAUGAAGAACGUCCGGAACGGCCAGAUACGCCGAGGUUACCGAAAAAAGCCCCAGCGGAAGGCAUGGUGAGUUGCCCUCUGCGUGAAACGCAAGGUAAAAUGCUGGGGCGGCUAUCCAUGCGAGAAUUGCAGCAGAGGCGUUCGUCCCUGUAA